AAUUCAUGUAAGAAUUUCUAGGGUUCUAGCGCAUGGCGAUUCCCACCAGGUAUGAUUCUCCGCUGAUCCCAGCGCCAUGCUCCCUCCCAGCAUCCCAAUCGCCACAGUCCAGCUCGUGCGCCUCCUCCGAUCGCACAAGAACGAGCAGCGGCUGCUGGAAUGGGGCCGGCAGAGCAACGGCUGCGCGCGCGUCCUCCGCAGCCCCAGGCUCGUCGCGGGCGUGCUGGAACAGCUCAAGAAAGAGGCCGAUCUAGCGAGCGUCUUCUUCCGAUUCGUGGCCAGGCCGGAGGUGGGCUUCUCCCACACCAGUUUCACUUACAACAAGCUCCUCGAGGCUCUAGUCUCUGGCGGUAGACACAGGGAGGCUUUCAGGAUCUACAAGGAAGAAAUGGCGGUGGCAAGCUCCUCUUCGUCUCCUCCAUCGCCGCCACUCUUCGACAACUACACGUACUUUGUUCUCGUCCGAGCGCACUGCCUGGCCGGGGAGCUCCAGGCCGCCAUGGAUUUGCUGCGCGAGAUGGAGCAGCAGCCAGGCAUGGCUCCCACUCCUUCCAUGUACAACUUCUUCGUCCACGCGCUGUGUAAGUCGGGCAAAGUUCCAGAGGCGAUGGAGGUCGUCAAGAACAUGAAAGAUGGAGCUUGCAAGCCGGACGUGGUGACUUUCAACACACUGAUAGCCGGUCUCUGCAAGGCCGGGAGGCUCGACGAAGCCCAGCAAGUCCUCGACGAGAUGGAAAGGAGUGGCUUCGCUGCAAACCUCGUCACUUACAACACUCUCAUCAACGGGCUCUCGAGCGCUGGCCGGAGUGGAGAGGCCGUGCUUGUGAUGCAAGGAAUGACCACCACGCCGGAUACCCAGACUUACAACGCAAUCAUCCACGGCUUCUGCAAGUCCGGGGAGAUCGACCGCGCUUACGGCUUUCUCGAGGAGAUGAAGCAGCGCGCUGGCUGCUCGCCGGACACUUUCACGUACAGCAUCCUCAUCAACGGGCUUUGCAAGUCGUCCAACCUCCGCAAGGCCGACGAGCUGCUCCAGGAGAUGAUCGGGCGGAAGGACUGCUGCGCGAGCGUGGUGGCUUUCAAUACUCUGGUGGACGGCUACUGCAAGGCCCAGGAUCUGGACCGAGCUCGCGAGCUCCUGAGCAGCAUGCUCGAGCAUGGCUGUGCGCCGGACGUGGUGACUUACAGCACCAUCAUCGACGGGCUGUGCCGGUGCGGGGACGUCGACAAAGGCUUUGCGCUGCUCGAGAAGAUGGUGUCGCGGGGUUGCAAGCCCGACGUUGUGACUUACACCGUGCUGGUGACCGGGCUGUGCAAGGCGGGGAAGAUGGUGGAGGCGUGCCGGCUUGUGAAGAGGAUGCUGGAGGAUGGCUGCACUCCAAACGCGGUGACUUACAGCUUGGUCUUCGAUGGGCUUUGCAAGAUUGAUAAGCUCGACAUGGCCAACGAUCUCCUGACCAGCAUCAGAGACAAGGGGCGUAUCACGGACGUCGUCGCGUUUGAGGCGCUGCUCUUGUCGGUGAAGAAGAGGCUCCUGGACAGGGCGGCCUUUCAGAAAUGGAAGCUCGAGACUUCGAUCAACUUCUGAGACUUGAUCAAGCUCCCAGGACGCGAGUUUCUCCACCAGAAACCCCGAAAAACUCCGGGACACCGAUCGAAAGCUCUGGACAGGACUUUCAUUGCGAGAAAGCGGACUUGAGCUAGUUCUCUGGAGACCAAGUUACGAUUUAUUAGAUCGAUCAUAGCAAAGAACACUACCACCACUUUAUGCUGCCGAGACUAUGGCAGAAUGGACAGGCAUUGCGUGGUU